AUGAAUAUUUAUGAGGACGUGCUGACCGCCACGGUGGUAUCACAUUCAAUAACGGGUCAUUUUACUUCUACUUCACAACGAGAAUUGAUUAUCGUAAGAACGAACAUCAUAUCUGUGUACAAUACUACGGAUGAUGGGAAGUUGAAUCUGGUAGAAGAGUUUAAUUUGAAUGCCAAAAUUACAGAUAUCGCUUUAAUACCACAGGAAAAAUCUCCCUUGAGUUGUUUAGUAAUAGCUAGCGGAGUGGCCAAGAUAUCAAUAGUACGAUUCGAUGCUGUAACGAAUUCCUUAGAGACAUUGAGUUUGCAUUACUAUGAAGAUAAAUUGAGCGAUAUUUCAUUGGUUACAUUGGCAAAGACUUCAAAAUUAAGGGUAGACCCGAUGAACAGAGCACUACUACUCUUUAAUAAUGAUAGUAUCGCCUUGUUACCGUUAUUCUCGGGUAAUCAUGAAGAUGAAGAUGAAGAUGAUGAAGAAGACGAUUAUGAUGUUACCCGAGGCGAAGUAACAACCAAGCGAUCUAAGAAGAAUGAGAAACAUGUUGGUCAAUCCAAAAUAUUUCAUGUCAAAGAAUUACAUCAAGAAUUACAAAACGUGUUAGAUAUUCAAUUCUUAAAUGAUUUCACUAAACCAACUUUGGCUGUUCUCUAUCAACCCAAGUUAACAUGGGUAGGAAAUACCGAAUUGAAUCCGCAACCAACAAGUUUUAUGAUUUUCACUUUAAAUUUGAGGACAAACGAACUAGAAACAGCAUUUGAUGUUGUUAUAAUAGCAACAUUACAUGAUUUAAGUUGGGAUUGGUUCCAGUUACUUCCAAUCUCUAGAGGGUGUGUAGUCAUGGGGAAUAACGAAAUGGCAUAUAUAGAUAAUACAGGUGUCUUGCAAUCUAUAAUUCAUUUAAACUCCUUUGCUGAUAAGUCGUUGCAAAGAGCUAGAAUAAUUGAUGAAACAGAGUUGGAAGUAUUCUUCAAUGAGAAAGUAACCUAUUUCUGGUCCGCGUCUACAGACAAGAAAAAUAUUGAUGAUGAGACCCUUCUUAUUAUUGAUGCUUCUGCCAAUUUGUACUAUGUUCGUUUAGAAGCAGAAGGUAGACUUUUGACCAAAUUCGAUCUAAUUAAACUACCAAUUGUUAAUGAUGCAUUGAAGGAUACAUCUAAUCCAACAUGUGUCGCUCGGGUCGAUCCAAAUAGUUCGAAUAGUUCAAUGGAUUUAUUUAUUGGAUACCUAUCUGGUGAUUCUUUGGUUGUUAGACUAAACAAUUUGAAAUCUGCAAUAGAAACUAGAGAGGAACAUAAAGAAUCGAAACAAAUUUUUACUGGAUAUGAUGACGACGAUGACGACGAAGAUAACUUAUACUCCGAUGACGAGUCCAAAGAAAAAAUUGAUGAGGAACUUCCGGAUAAUAAACAGUUAAUCCAAACUGUUCAACCAUUCGACAUUGAACAAUUGACAUCUCUCAGAAAUAUUGGUCCGAUUACAUCUUUAGUUGCAGGUAAAGUAACUUCCGUAGACCCAAAUGUGAAAGGAUUACAAAACCCAAACUCCAAUGAAUAUUCAAUGGUAGCCACUUCCGGCUCAGGAACAGGCUCACACUUAACGGCGAUUCAACCAAGUGUACAACCAUUGGUUGAGUUAGCUUUGAAAUUUAUUAGUGUGACUCAAAUUUGGAAAUUAAAGAUGAAAAAUAAGGAUAAAUAUUUAGUAACCACAGACUCUACAAAAUCCAAAAGUGACAUUUAUGAAAUUGAUAAUAAAUUUGCAUUGCAUAAAGAAGGACGAUUGAGAAGAGAUGCAACUACCAUUCAUAUAUCGAUGUUCGGUGAAGGCACAAGAAUAGUUCAGGUUACUACAAAUCAUUUGUACCUCUUCGACACCGAUUUCAGAAGGCUGACCGCUAUAAAGUUCGAUUUUGAAGUUGUACAUGUUUCAGUAAUGGAUCCAUAUAUUCUGAUUACCGUACUACGAGGUGAUAUUAAAAUUUAUGAGUUAGAUGCCCUUCAAAAGAGAAAAUUAUUUAGGGUAGAUUUGCCAGAGAUAUUAAAAGAAAUGGUGGUGACAUCUGGUGUAAUUUUGAAGAGUAACAUGUGCAACGAAUAUUUGCAUGGUCAUGAAGAUUCAGAAGAAGAGCAACUGCUAUUCACUUUUGUUACUGCCGACAAUCAAAUAAUAUUCUUUUUAAGGGAACAUAACGAUCGUAUUUUCCAGCUUUGUGGCGUAGAUCAAUUAAAAGAAGGCUUAUUCAUAAGUACGUACCAAUUACCUGAAGAGGUUGUUCCAGAUCCCUCAAUAAAACAAGUGAUGAUUAAUAAGCUAGGCCAUAAUAAUAAAGAAGAAUAUUUAACAAUUCUGACAUUUGGUGGUGAAAUUUACCAAUACAAAAAGUCCAGGACUAGACACAGUUGUUUCUUCAAAAAUACUGGGUCCACUGGGAUGUGCAUUACUGGUGCACCUGAUAACGCUUAUGCAAAAGGUGUUAGCUCAAUUGAAAGAAUUAUGCACUACAUUCCAGAUUACAGUGGAUAUUCUGUCAUAUUUUUAACAGGUAGUGUACCAUAUAUUAUAAUGAGAGAAGAUGAUUCUUCGCCAAAAAUUUUCAGAUUUGCCAAUCUUUCCAUUGUGUCACUAGCACAAUGGGGCAAGAACUCGGUAAUGGCCGUCGAUGAUAUAAAGAAUGCAAGAGUUUACAGUCUUGAUAAUAAAGACAGCUAUUACGGUAACAGCUUACCUUUGAAGAAAAUUAAGAUUAGUGACUCCUUGGAGGAUUUCAUGACACUAACGAAAAUUACCUAUCACGAAAAGUCGCAAUUAUUUUUAGUGUCUUAUGCAAAGGAACGUGAAUAUGAAGCAUUAGGUGAAGAUGGAGAAAUAAUUGUUGGUAGCAAUGACCAAGUUCCGCACGCAAAAAGUUUCCAGAGCGGUAUCCUUCUAAUCAACCCACGAACAUGGAAUGUAAUAGAUAGAGUUGAUUUUGAGGUAAAUUCUAUAAUAAGUGAUAUGAGGUCUAUGCUUAUACAACUUGAUUCAAAAUCACGUAAGAAAAGAGAAUACAUUGUUGCUGGAAUAACAUUCAUCGGUACCGAAGAUCUACCAUCUACUGGGGCCUUCCAUAUAUAUGAUUUAACUGAAGUAAUCCCCGAACCAGGUAAACCAGAUACUAAUUUUAAAUUGAAAGAAAUCUUCAAGGAAGACAUUCGUGGAAGUGUAAAUUCAGUUUGCGAUAUAAGUGGCAGAUUUUUGAUCAACCAAAGUCAGAAAAUAAUGGUGAGAGAUGUUCAGGAGGAUAACUCCGUCGUACCUGUGGCAUUUUACGACACACCAAUUUUUGUUUCAGAUGCCAAAAGUUUUGGAAAUUUCCUGAUACUUGGUGAUUCUAUGCAAGGGUUUCAAUUCCUUGGGUUUGAUGCUGAACCCUACCGAAUGAUUCCAUUAGGUAGGAGUGUGUCCUCAUUCGAAACUGUUUCUGUCGAAUUUCUAAUAAAUGCUGGCGAAAUAAAUUUUGCCAUUACAGAUCGUGAGGACAUCUUACAUGUCUUGAAAUAUGCGCCAGAUGAACCGAAUACCCUUUCAGGUCAGAAAUUAGUUCAUUGUUCCAGUUUUAAUCUGUAUUCAAGCAAUACAUGUAUGCUAAUGUUACCUAGAAAUGAUGAAUUUGAAACAUCAGAUAAAGCCCCACCGAAAUUUCAAGCUAUUGGUGGUCAAGUUGAUGGCGGGAUCUUCAAGAUUAUUCCAUUGAAAGAAGAUACUUACAGACGUUUAUAUGUGGUUCAACAACAGAUUAUCGAUAAGGAGGUUCAAUUAGGAGGUUUAAACCCAAGAAUGGAAAGGCUGGAUAAUGACUUUUAUCAGCUGACUCACGUCAUGAGACCAAUGAUAGACUUCAACAUCAUAAGAAGGUUCAGUGAACUCUCAAUUGAAAGGAGGACACAUUUUGCCCAAAAAGCUGGCAGAAGAGCUCAUUUUGACAUAUGGAGAGAUAUAAUUAACGUGGAAUACUCCUUAAGGUCGUUGUGUGGGAGCAAAUAG